CAGGAGCGGAGGGAGGGGUGGCGGAGCUGGGGGGGUGCCCAGCUGCCAUCCCCGCCGUCUCCUGGCCCCCACUCUCUGGCACCCAAGUAGGAGGGCGGCAGCUGCCCGCUCCCUCCUCCCACACCCCCGCUACCUGCCCAGUCCCCGAAGCGAAGCGUGAGGAGGCUGCGAGCCAGUCGGGCGAGCCCACAACUUUGCAGCCUCGGGGAAGACCAGGGUUGGCGUCCGGGGCUCCUCCUGUCGCGACUAGAGCUCGGAAUGUGAUCCAGGAUGCUGGCCUUGCGGCUGCUCAACGUGGUAGCCCCCGCCUACUUUCUUUGCAUUUCCCUGGUGACCUUCGUACUGCAGCUCUUCCUCUUCCUGCCCAGCAUGCGUGAGGACCCCACAGCCACCCCGCUCUUCUCGCCUGCUGUGCUUCACGGGGCGCUCUUCCUGUUCCUCUCAGCCAAUGCCCUGGGCAAUUACGUCCUGGUCAUCCAGAACUCCCCAGACGACCUGGGCACCUGCCAGGGGACCAUGUCCCAGAGACCUCAGUGCCCACCGCCCAGCACCCACUUCUGCCGAGUGUGUUCCCGAGUCACGCUGAGGCACGACCAUCACUGUUUCUUCACCGGCAACUGCAUCGGCAGCAGAAACAUGCGCAACUUCAUCCUGUUCUGCCUCUACACCUCUCUGGCCUGCCUUUACUCCAUGGUGGCUGGAGUGGCCUACAUCUCAGCUGUCCUUUCCAUCUCCUUCGCCCACCCCCUGGCCUUCCUUACGCUCCUGCCCACUUCAAUCAGCCAGUUCUUCUCCGGAGCCAUCAGCACUAAGGAAAACUUGGGCCAAGGAGCUCAGCCACAGUCUUCCCAGGCUGCAGAGCUGAGAUUGCUACAAAUCGCAACUUCCAACUCGUGAGCCUGUCUCCCUGCCUCUCAGCGGAAAGCGCCAGAGCGCGCCGGAGCGCCUGGGUACGUGGCCUGGGUGUAAAGCGAUCUGGUGUUUCCCCUCCCCCCGCAGGAGCUGUCCUCGGUUCUGACAUGUUCGUCAUCCUCAUGCUCUACCUCUGGUUUGCUGUCGGCCUGGCCUGCGCCGGUUUCUGCUGCCACCAACUGCUGUUGAUCCUCCGGGGGCAAACCCGCUACCAGGUUCGAAAGGGGAUGGCUGUAAGAGCCCGACCCUGGCGCAAGAACUUACAGGAGGUCUUCGGAAAGAGGUGGCUGCUUGGCUUGCUGGUACCCAUGUUCAAUGUCGGCACCGAAAGCUCGAAGCAGCAGGACAAAUAGCUGGCAGGCACUUCUGCCGUUUCUGUGUCUCAGUUUCUCCUGACCACACAGCACCCUUGUCUUCACCUGUGACACACCACACCCUCCCCUAGGAAGAGCCUCAUAUCCACCCCAGGUCUUCAAUCCUCAGAGGAUAUAUUAACAGGUGCAUCCCGACACGGAAGGGAAGUGGCUACCUGGGCACCACUAGGCUGCUCCAGGUCCAGCCAGGUAGGGAGCUACUAAAUCGUUAAGGUGUUUCUACUUCAAGUUUUUUUUUUUUUUUUUUUUUUUUGGUUUUUUGUUUUUCUGGGAAGCCCUUCUCUGCCCCUACCUGGCCUUUCCACUCCUGUGUCUCAGGUCAUUGCUGCUUUUGCUAAAGCCCUUCUCUUGUGUUGAUAGUGGAGACUGCAUUCUUGCUGCUAGCAGGAGAUUCCACAGAACCGAGAGGCUGGUAAAUGGUAGCUACCAUGAAUGAGAAGCAGUCAAGCAAGCUUUGCCAACUGCUAGUGAGAAUGGGAAGGGGUGGAGAGCCACCCUCAUCCACUGUGAGGGAUAGUCAAUAGUAUUUGUGUUGGGGAGGGGGGUGCACAGGCACUUGCUGCUCAGCCCAAGUACAAGGCCUUUUCCCUAGAGACAGCAAUCAAUGGCCUGAUGUUCUUCAAUGCUGUUCUCUGUCCAACCUGCCCCAUCUAGCCAGCCCAGCCCAGCCCAGGAGUUAGCUGAAUAGUUCUUUUCUCUGGAAUUUCUCUGGUCUUUCCCUUUGGUCUCCAGCCUUCAGAUUUUUUGCUAGCUAUUGAGAAGGGAAGAAGGGAGAGACAAGAGGGAGUUACUUACCCGUAAGUAAUAAGAGAAGUGUGCUUCUUAUAUAGCCUUAUAUAAUCGUGUGUGUGUGUGUGUAUAUGUGUGAGUGUGUGUGUGUGUGUGUGUGUGUGUGUGUGUGUAAGAGGGGGCGGAGGUGAAGAGUGUUGUUAUGAGCACAGAGAGAGAGUGAGUAUUGGAGGAGAAGGAGAGAGAGGCAAAUGGGUUAACUCUUUUGCAGCCAAAGCCAGCCAGUGAUUGAAUUUUACCUGGAGUGAGUGCUGGCCCCUGGAGGUAUUUUGACAGGAUCUAGGCAGUUAUCUACAAGAAGAGAUUUUUUUUUUGUACUACUUUGUUCUAGAUGAACUUAGAGAUCCCUUUCCACUCCUUGAUUCCAGUGUCUUCUUUGAUACUGCUGGUGCCAGAGACAAGGUCUUUAGAAACUAGAUCUUAGGCUGGAGAGAUGGCUCAGGGGUUAAGAGCAUUAACUUCUUGCUCUUCCAGAGGUCCCGAGUUCAAUUCUCAGCAACCACAUGGUGGCUCACAACCAUCUGUAAUAGGAUCUGAUGUCCUCUUCUGGUGUGUCUGAAGAGAGUAAAGUAUAUUGACAUACAUAAAGUAAAUAAAUCUUUAGGAAAAGGGAGAAAGAAAGAUCUUUAGAGACAAGAUCUUUACCUGCUUUCAUGGGGCGGGAGGUAGGAUAACCAUGGAAAGGGUCUAAAAAUCAUAACACGGGCUUUCUGCACACAGUCCAGCCAUCCAGGAGACUUCCUGAUGUUAGCAGUAGCUGAGAGGAGGCCGGCAGUGGAGGACAGAGAGGUAUAACUAUGUUCGGGCCAGGUUGGUGCAGUUAGCUGUAAGGAGAGAGAAGCCUGGAAGCCAUGCUCAGCCCUGAGGAGUUUGUGGGAAUGACAGAAUAUUGGGGUGCAGUUGCCAGUCCAUUCCUGCCAGUUUGGCUAGCUCUAGAUAGGGAUCCUGCCUUGUAUCCUGAGACCCAGAGGACCAGACAGACCCUUGGGGCAUAUGAAGGGGUGGGAGCCACACAAAACCAUCUCCUGAGUUGGUCCCAGGGCCCAUACAACAUCUAUACAGGCACUGAGGCUGGUCUGUGCUCUGCAGUAUCUAGUGGGUGGCUACAGUGACCCCAACCACUGCCCAAGAAGAGCGUGAAUUGUUGAACAGAGCACGGGAGGAUAUUACUCAGGCCCGACUUUGGCGCCCCCCAGAGGGCUAAUGUAGUAAUGGCGUUCCUGCUCACAAGUCUCCCUUCAGCAGGUAUUCUUUUGGGCCCUGUUCGCUCCUACUCUAUCCGUUCAUCCUAGCUAUCUGUAUCCAGCACAGCCCAUGGGCUGAGUCUCAGUCACUGGCAAUCCAGAUGCCCACAUCAGGGGCAGAUGACGCCUACCACCAUUGCGCUCUGCUUUCUUGACAGUCAGUGCAGCUGGCCUCUUGGAGACAGAAUGAUGCGGCAGGGCUGAAGGGGAGCCCAGGCUUCCUCAGUGGAAGAGCCAUUCGAGGUAUCUCUGCUCACAGUUCUGGGCACCCUUUAGCAGCAUGAAGAAACAAGAGAGGGGAGAUGUCUGGAUAGUUCAGGCCUUGGGGCUCUCUUGACCCUAGAGUUCAAACUCGAAAGCCAGCCCUACGUUGUCCAGGCUCAGGACCACGGAACCCGACAUCCCAGAGGGGAAAGGGAGUACUUCCGGUGGCCAGCUCUUUAAACAGGUCAGGGACGAAUGGCUGUAGGGAGAUUGCCAGGUGUGGUACUUGAGUAGCAUUUGAACACACGGCCCUCUGUUGUUAAUAAAGAAAAUCAAUAAAAUACGUGGUUUUCAACUGUA